UAAUAUGGCUGGACCCGGUCGUCGGAGAGCGCCUACAACUAUACUUACUUCCACAUCUACACCCACACCUGAGGCUGAGCAUAUGACCACACCUACUGCCACACCCGAGUCAGAGCCUACUCCCACACAAACUCCCACAUCUACUACCAAUCAGUCAUCGAGUGCAUCUUCUAGCACAUCUAAAAACGGGCGUGGUAUUAGUCGGGGCGUAAAAUUAAUCGUAUAUAGGGCUAAAGGUGGUCCUAAACCACAUAUUACUUUCCCAGAGGGAAAGUAUCGGCCCAUUGGUGGUUGGUCUAAAGUUUUCGGGUCAAUGGUGGGUGUUAUAUGUCGAGAGCAUGCUCGUAUGACUUGUGGGACUUGGUCGCACAUGGAAUUGGCCGAUAAGGCCACGCUUUAUCAUCAUAUUCAAGAAAAUUUCGUGAUUGAUCUUGAUAAUUCUCGCAUUCGAAGUGGACUUGACAAAUGGCUUGCAGCUUGAUUUCGAUCACAUAAAAAUCCCAUGCACAUGCAUUUUAAAUCUUUCGGAGAUGAUGUAGAGAGGGCUAGGAGAAAGCCUUAUAGAAAUGUUCGUCCUGGGGAUUGGCAAGCUAUAUGUGAAAAUUUCAUGACCCCGACAUGCCAGAAUAGGAGCGCUGUCAAUAAAGUAAACAAGGCAAAGAAUCUAACAAAUCACCGUGGUGGCUCAAAACCCUUUGUCACACUUCGCUAUGAAAUGCGAAACAUGGAGACAGAAGAGGAACCAAACAUGGUGACAUUUUAUCACCGAACACACUGUAGGGAGGAUGGGACAUGGGUCACCCAACAUUGUCAGGGUCUCUAUGAUAGAAUGAUUCAAGAGGUCAAUCAACAAGAAAAUUCGGAUGGUGUAUCCAAUUCCUCUACACAGUUGACCCGUAACGAGAUUUACAUUCAAAUAGUUGGUUCAACCUCGUCGUAUGUUCGUGGGCUUGGUCAUGGGGAGAUGUCCAUUAUCUCUUUACGGGGAAGUCGUGAAGAUGUUGUUGAGGCUAGGCGUAGUGCUGAUGAAGCAAAUCGAAGGGCUGAUGAGGCAAAUCAAAGGGCUGAAGAGGCAACACACGGGCUGAAGAGGCAAAUCAAAGGGCUGAGGCAUUAGAAUAGCGAUUGGGGGAUCAAAUCAACUUGUCCAAGGUAACAGAAGAGAGAAUGGGGGACCAAAUAAGCUCUUUGCAGGCUCAACUCACAUCUUUAACAGCAUUGGUGCAACAAGCUCUAGGGGGCUCAUCAACUGGGGAGGCUCAUCGUCUUGCUUACAAGCUUUGGGAGGCUCAUUGUCCAGGGAGCCUCAUCGUCCUACUUAGUAAGUUCAAUUAAUUCUCUACUACAUAGAGGGAAUUAAUACUUGCUAGAAUGUAAUUUUUUUAUGAUGUUGGAAGGAGAAUAUUUUUGUUUAGUGGCAGCUGUCUUGAGAAAAUUAGGCAUGUGAUUCUUUGGGUGGUGAUUGGUUAUGCUUGGGUGGUUGUUUUCUUUUAGUGUUAGCCUGCUUAGCUCUAUUCUUGUUUUAUUUUUAGUCUGAUUGAUUAUGCUUGAGAUUUGAUUGGAAAUGCCGAAGAUUAUCCAUUACAUUAGAAAUUCUACAAUGGAUACUAAAUUAAAAAAUUACAAAAUGCAGCAAGGUCAAAAAGCAGUUUUAAGGUUUUCAUAAUUAUUUUGGUUUGCAAUAUCAUUUUUUACAAAUCUAGAUUCUAGAAUCUGGAUUAUGAAUUUAGCAAGUUUAGUAAGGAGUACAAUGAUACCAAGUGUCACGAAAUGGGAUACCUUUAAAUAUUUGAUUCCAAAUACUUGGAAAACCUUAUCGUGAUUAUUUACUGGGUUCCCCUCAUCUUUUGCUUGGAGCAUUUCUACUUGUUAUUUUCAGGGAAUCCCUUUACUAGUCACGAUUAGUCAAUGCAUCAUAAUUCUGUCUAAUUAUUACCAAACAUAUAUACAAAUUAUGUUUCAUAAGUUUCGCUAACAUCCUCGGGAGUUGCAACUUUAUAUGGAACUUGAGAACAUUUUCUAAUAGCGAAGCAUAAACUUCGACAGUUUCUUGAACCAUUAAUUUUUUUAGAAGAAUAUUUUCCAAGCAAUGCAACAUUGCGUGCUAGAGGUGAUAAUCUUCCCUUUGAUAUCACUUACAAUACAAGAUCUAUUAGAGCCUUGAUAUUCUCCCUUGGGAAAAGAUAGCCAUUCACCUUGUCAACAACCUAAAUGUUAUAGCCAUAAGAAUAAUAAAUGAGUUACAACUAGGAAGUUUUAAGACAUUUUCAUUAUUAUAAUUGGACAUGUCAUAACCUUCCAGAAAGAUUGGAGACCCAUAUUUUUAAAGAGUUGCUGCACAUGAGAUCUCUUAAGGCCAAAUAUUUAACCUUCCAGAUUGCCUUAGACACAUGAUUUAGAGAAGGUUCACUCAAAGUGCAAUCAGAAAUUCUAAGUAAAGUAGGAUCUGCAGAUAAUUUUUGUUAGGUUCACUUAAAAUAAAAUAUUAGAUUCUAGUGAAAAUUGAGGCAUGACAGUAUCUCUUUCGUAAAGUCUCCUAAGCCCGAUAAUGUUGGCCAUCAAGAAACUUGUCCACAAAUUACAGCAUACUUUUGAACUGAUAAUUUGAUUUAGACCACUGGGGGGAAAAAAAUGACAUAGCUGAAUGAGAAAUGAAUUUAGAAAAAGCUAUAGCACCAAGUAGAGAAGGGCCAAAGAGAACCACUAACAAAAAUAUGAAUAAGACAAAUCUGUUUUGCAAUUUGAAAGAAGAUAUAGUCUACAUAGAGGGGCCAUUACUUGGUGCAAUGGCAAAAGUUCUAGGUGACAAAUGUAGGUGUACAGAUUCAAAAUUGAGAACAGCUACUUUGAAUUGUUUGUUGUAUAUUAUUGCUUUUACAAUUUUUGGUUGAAUUUCACAAAAAUCCCCAGUGCCAAUGUUGACAGCUCUAAAAGAAUUGAAAAAGAGAGCAAAACUUGAAAGAAAAGGAAAGAAAUUUCUAAUAGAAUAAUGAUGGGGGUUGCAUGAGAAGUCUGAUUUGUUUAACAUCAGUCUUUUAAGAGUAUUAUGGACUAGUCAGGUUUAUUUGAGUUAGUUAUGGAAAGAGCAUGCAUGAGACUUUGCUUGUGCUGCCAUUUCAAUGUAAUACAAUGAACUGAACUAUAGCAAAAUGCAUUGCUUUGCGAUUGGUUCUUUAAUACAACUGAUCAUUUUAUUUAUUUAUUUAUUAUUAUUGUCUUGAUGUAUUACUAAAUAGUUGGUUCAUAAACUUUGAUGCUCUUUCUUAGGUUAGUAGUCCUUGUUUUAAAAAAGUAAAAAAUUUAAUUCACUUCCAUGCUCACUUUGCCUUUAGAAAGACUUGAAUAGUUUACAGUGAACUGUAUUUUUGAAUUGUGUCAAGUCAUUAGUAGUAAUUACAAAUAAAUUAGAUUUUUAAAUUUUGUUAAGUCAAUAGUAGUAAUUACAAAGAAAUUAGUGAGGCAUUGGACCAAUUUCUGUAGUAGGUGUAGUGGACUAGCUCCUUAGUGGGUUCUGUCAUGCUAGGUACAUAGUUCAACCUUACAUUCAUUAAUCUCCUCCCAAAAAUAUAGAAAUAUUCCUCAAUUUGCAAUGGAGCACAUGCAUAGAGCUAAUUUUCAGCUAGCCAAUUAAAGAACCAUGUGUGCUCACAUAAAAUUAAAGAAAUAUCACAAUCUUCAUCAUUACACCAUUAACAUGUGUGUAUAUUUAUAUUGAUUGUGUGUGUGAGAGAGAAAGAGAGAUGGUGUUGAUGGUGAUGGAGAAGAAGAUGAAGUCAAAAUAGGUACCCAUUUUCUAAAUUAAAGAGUAAAGUUAAGUGUAAAAAGAGGAAGAAGAGAACCGAACCCAGAAACACCUACUGCAAGUCCAUCAAUAGUUGAAGACCAAACAUGUUAAUGUGUUUGUAAUCAUUCCAAACAUGUUGACUUUUGUAUUAAUGUGAAUUGUUUAAGAUAUUUUUUUGUGCUUUACUAAUUAUUUGUUAUCUUGUGGUUUGUUAUUUGGUUUGUAUUUUUGCAUUCUUAGUGUGUAAAAAAGGCCUUGAAAUUAUGAGAAGACCUUGUAGAAACUUAAAUUUGUUAUAGUGGUUUGAACUAAUCAUAAUUUUUCUAUGUUUUUUGACAGAUUGCAUGUGGCUGGGAUUAUCUUUUUGACUUUUUGUUGCAAGCCCAAUAACUAUAUUUUUUGUUUCAUAUGGGCUCAGGAUAAACUCACUUUUGUACUUUUGGUUCUUACAUGGGAUUGGAUUUAUGGAUCUCCCAUCUUCCCAUUAUUGGCAGAUUGCAGGUAGCUGGGCUUAUUAGCUUUUUGACAUCUUUUUGUUGUAGACCCAGUGACUAUAUUUUUUUUGUUUCAUUGGGCUCAUAAGAAACUCACUUCUAUACUUUUGGUUCUUACAAGGGAUUGUAUUUAUGGAUCUCCCAUCUCCCCAUUGUUGGCAGGUUACAUGUAGAUGGUAUUAGUUUUUGUUACAUGUAGAUGGUAUUAGUUUUUGUUACAGUCCCAUUAAUUAUGUUUUUUGUUUCAUAUGGGCUCAGGAAAAAUUCACUUUUGUACUUUUGGAUCUCCCAUCUCCUUAUAUUGUUGGAUAUAGGUUUAAUCAUUCUCUAUGUAUAUGAAUCUCGUCUUGAUCCCAUAUUUGGAAUAUGUAUGGAUGAUUGGAUAUAUGAAAUAGUAUUUUACCUUUUCAUUUGUAUGA